GAGAGCCAUGCAGACUGCGGGGCAUGCGGCCUUGCCCGCUAGGUCUAUGCCUGGAUUCGGACUUGAAGACAGCUCUGAAUCGAGGCUAUCAGAACCUUGGUGGGGAUCCAGCUGGUGGGAUCCCGUGGGCUGCUUCUCGGUCAAACACACGCGUUGCUUGCUGGCGGUGGUAUCAGGCGUCUUGGCCAAAAAGCCGCGCAGCCGGCGGAAGCUGCUGCGCCGAGCGCGGCAAACGGCGGAGACCUUGCAGAACACCGACGUGGACGACGUGAAGGAGCUGCGGCAGCUUUUCCGCUCUACUACUGCCGCUGACAAUAUUCUAUCGAAAGACGAUUUCGUCAAACUGUGCCAAUCGCUAUUACACAUUGACCUUACUUUUCGAGAGCUGGAACGGAUCUUUGACAUCGUGGUCAUCGACGAGGACCACCAUUUCAUGACGGAGGAUGUAUUCAUUCGCACCAUCCGAAACCGCUUCUUUUUACGAGGAAUCCGACGGGUGGUACAGCUUCCAAGCGCACACAGCUGGAAGCCGCCGAAGGGAUACAGCUUUGAUGUGGACACAGCAAGAAAUCACUUUUGUGAAAAUGCAGAGUUCAUUGGUCCUUAUGCAGACAUCAGAGCAACUCGAGACCAUUCUUUUCACGGCCGAUAUUCCGAGGAACGGCAACGUUGGCAAGAUAGUGUCAUUGCGACGGUCGUUCAAAGAACGACGGAACAAGCACGACCCAGACUGGUUUUCACCUGUGGAGCCAUGGGGGUUGGAAAAGGCUUCGCCUUAAGCUGGAUGUCGGCUCGGGAUAUCUUCCCACUGGAAGACAUCGUUCACAUUGAUCCAGACCAUUUCAAAGCAGUGAUGCCCGAGUGGUCCGCAUAUGUGGCGUAUGGGAAGAAGAUGAAAGACCCAGAUAUCCCGGGGAACCAAUGCCAUCGCGAGAGUUGCUACAUGCAAGAAAUCGCCCUUGAGGAAUCCCUGAAGCGACAGCAGCACAUCUGGGUGGAUGGCUCCCUGAGUAACGCGGAGUGGUUUGUGAAGGUCUUCAGCGAGAUCCGAGAGCGAUACCCUGCUUAUCAAAUUGCAAUUUUCAAGAUCUCUGCGCCGGAGGAGGUCAUUCGCGCCCGGGUGGAGAAAAGAGCCAAACACACUGGACGCAGUAUCCCAGAAGACAAAUUAAAGGCAAGCAUUGCAGCGGUUGAAAGGUCGGUGCUGACCUUGAUGCCUUAUGCAGACUUCCUUGCCACCAUCGACAACUCGACCAGCACGCCGCAUCUCUCGUACUUUGCUGCGAUCGACCGCUCGGGGUCCUGGCAGAGGAUCACUGCGCGAUUUGCCCACACCCUGCCAGGUGUAGACGCUUUUCCCGAUGCUUUGUCUCCCUUCUUCCUGCUGCGUGUGGAAAAGUGCCCAGUGCUGGAGAUGCGUAGCAGCUUGCGGUGCCGUGUCGAUGGAGAGGUCGAAAGCCAGUUUGGGUUGCUAACCCUGAAGGACUUGCAAGUUGAAGUCACGCUUUCUCCUGUGAUCAGGCUGACACUGGAUCCUGAAACGCGAAGGAUCGCGCACAUUCAUGAAAGAGCUGUGGGUGUAGCCUUCAUGUACCCCAUGGAGACGGAAGAUCUGGAUAUGGGGCAGCUUACAGUGCCCGAGCAGGCGGCUCUGAAGAAUGGGGCCUUUGCCAUGUUCAGUUUGAGUGAUCAGCUGGUGGCCCUGAAUGCCGUGUCCAGCACCAACAACGCGCCGGAGCCCAAGAUGUUGGAGUUCGGCCCCGCGACGGUGGUGACCCCGGAGGAGGCCAUGGAUAUGGAUCCCAGUCGCUGGGCCAAGGUCAAGAUGCCACAUAUCAAGGACGCCGGAGUUGAAAGGUUUGCCUUCUACACCCCUCUAGAAAAACUGGCGGGUCGGAGGGUUAGUGCGAACAGUGGCUUCAUUUUUGAGCUUGAGCCUGGUCAGGAGUACACAUUCUUUCCAGUCAUCGCUACCUAUGAUAGCUGAUGGCGGAUCAUGAUCCGCAACUAGCUCGUCUCGAAAAUGGGGUGCACCAUUGCUCGAUUGCUCGGGCAGCUGUGUUGCAUCUCAUUUGCCAGUAUAUCGGUUGAUGGGUGUUUCCUCAAAGCAUUUGUACCUUGUCUGGUCCAAGUUUCCUU